GAUUAUUAAAUUAAAAUGUUGCUCUUUUGUUUCAGGGGCAAUAUAAAGCAACUUUCCAGUUCUGCACCUACAAUGACGGCUCAGGCUCGGACUCCAGAGCCUCCUAGUCCAAAAGCUACGACCAAAGAAGAUAAACUACCCACUACCUCAAAAGCAAGGCAGAAAAAGUUCCACAGGCAUUUUCCAACAGUUGACCUGGACGAAAAAGUUUUAAAUUAUUACUCAUGUGCUCUCAUAGGGGAUAUUCUUCUCCAAGGGCAUCUUUACAUAACGAAAAACUACUUUGCUUUCUACUCAAAUGUCUUCGGAUACGUCACAAAGUUACUCAUUCCACUUUUGACCGUGGAAAAGAUCACGAAGGAGAGAACGGCUAAAAUAAUACCCAACGCGGUUGGCGUUGUGACAAGUGAAGACAAACAUGUGUUUGGCAGUUUAAUGUCCCGUGAUAACACAUUCCGGCUUAUGAUUAAAGUUUGGGACGCAGCAAGAAACAGUGCCAUGCAAAACAGUCUUCAUGUCGAAGAGGAGUUAUUGGUAAGUUCAUGUAUUCAUUAUUUACAAUUUUCGACACAAUUUCAUGGUGUUUUUUUUCUUCCAGAUUACUCAUGUGCUCUCAUAGGGGAUAUUCUUCUCCAAGGGCAUCUUUACAUAACGAAAAACUACUUUGCUUUCUACUCAAAUGUCUUCGGAUACGUCACAAAGUUACUCAUUCCACUUUUGACCGUGGAAAAGAUCACGAAGGAGAGAACGGCUAAAAUAAUACCCAACGCGGUUGGCGUUGUGACAAGUGAAGACAAACAUGUGUUUGGCAGUUUAAUGUCCCGUGAUAACACAUUCCGGCUUAUGAUUAAAGUUUGGGACGCAGCAAGAAACAGUGCCAUGCAAAACAGUCUUCAUGUCGAAGAGGAGUUAUUGGCUGCGGCUGUUCCUUCCGAGUGCAGUGAUAGUAGCAAAAGUAGCGAAAGUGGGAACGAAUCUGGCAUUGCUGAUUCCGGUACUACGACAACGUUCGAAACGAUGGGGAAUAGCACUCGGAUAAAGAAGAUUCCGCCUUUGACUCCUGCUAAGCUACUAAAAAGCGAGAGUGCCGAUGGUAAAAGAUCUGGAUCAUAUACUUCAUUUUUCAUGUACAGGAUACCUACUCACACGCUUUUGUUAUGUAUCAGCACUUUCUUGUUGUUAAUUCUCUUUCUUUCGGCCAGUGUACUGUUGUAUAGGAUAGGAAAAGUUCAAAAUAAAUAUAAUUUAGCAUUACAGGAAAACUUUAUAGUUUCUGAAGGCAAAGACGUUUAUAGUGAGUUACUGCAAUGGCAGGCACAGUUACAUUCAAAAUCAGCUGGUGCUGUUCAUAAUUUUUUGGACUCCAAUUUGGAUCAGUUAGCAAAAGUAAGGCAAUCAUUGGAAGCUUUGUCUUCUUUGCUGGUGGUCGAGGCAAGUAAUGCUAACAAAAGCUCAAAGUCCGACUCACCAAAAACUCCACCUUCAUCUUCUUCUUCAUCAUCAUCAUCAUCAGAAACUCAAAAUAACAGUUAGCAAGCUCAGAUUUGUUUCGUGAUAGGAAGAGUUCUGAGCUUUUUAAUUGAUUGAAUUAACUCAGAUAAAGAGAUAGUUGUUUACUGUAAGUGUUCAGAACGAGUAAAAGAAGGAGAGUAAAAAAAAAAAAACUCAACAGAAAAGCGAUGGGGUUGAUUUUGAAGAAUGGUUUGCUUCAAUAGCCAGUGCUACGUUGCCAAAAAUGCAACUUGUUAUGUGACUAGUCAAAAUUUAAUAUCUAGUAAUGGUUAAUUACCUACUGUUGUUAUAUAUGUAGCUAAAACAUUUUCGUUUAUGUUGUACAUAUUAUGUAUGUAUGUACGUUUGAGUGUUCUUUUGGGUUGGGUUUGGUAUACAAGUCCUUUAAAAAAAUUGUGAUUGAUACAGUUAGAAUGAGAGAAGCACGACUGAUAACAUCAACAUUCUAAGAAGAAAAUCAGUUCUGUCUUUUUUUUUUGGUGUUUCAGUUUCUUGAUAUUAAAAAUUUUUGUUUUCUGGUGAGAUUACAUAUCCACUUUGGUUGGACAAGGUGUAUUUUACCGAAUAUAUUUAUUUAUUUACUUAAAUCGUUGGGAAUAAUGAAGUUCCUAAUAAAAGUAAUUUUUUAUUAAAGAAAUUCAUAAGUACAAGAAAAAGUUUUGUAGGUUCAGAUUCAAUUAAUUAUUUUUUUUACAAAAAUUCUCUUAAAUGUGUCAUUGUUAAUGAUGAUUAUUAAUUACGUAUCGUCGUUAUUGCUGGUGUCACCUCUCGUAGCUUAGUGGUAGAGCUACGGUGCGCUAAGCACAGGGAAGCGAGUUCGAUUCCCGCCGAAGGCGUGACAGUAGCAGCAAUUUUUUCUCAUUAAUUUAAGAUUAUCUGCAGCGGUAAGAAAAUUUAAUUCAAAAAUUAAUUUAUUAUUCAGUCGUGUUUGUGUCGAGGGGUGGAUGAAUGCAUAGCUAGUAAAAAGUAUUUAUAAACCCCAGUAGCACCAUAAGCAAUGUACUACAUAAACAUAAUUAUUUAAUUAACUGAAAUUAUUGUAUACAUAUUUGUGCAAUCAGCACGAAAAAUGAAGAACAAAAAAAUUCACAUUUAACGCUGUUGAAUGCCAUGUUGUUACAACUAGCCACUUUGUGAUAUAGCUGUAGUGUCGGUAUAAAAAGUUAAUUUUUAUUCCUUGGUUCCUUUCUAGUGAAAUUGAAUUGAAGGUGAUUAGGGAAAAGAAUUUUUCUUCGUCUGUUGUUGAAUAAUUUUUGUUGGCUUUAAAUUCAAUUAAAUCGUUUUUACUUA